GCGGUUUUGAGCUCGAGCGCCUCCACUCGUCUACUAACGGAUCACAAACAGACUGAGAAGCGAUAAACCCAGAGAGACUCAUAACAGAGGACAAAACUAACAGGUUUAUUUAGAAAUUUGUUUAGCUGUAAUGGAAAAAGAAGAAACAUGUCUUCUCUUGAUCGACCCCAAACAUUUCCCAGGCAAGUUGUGGAAUCUGGUGAACGAUCCUCAGAUUUACUCAGUCUGCUGGGACGCCAGUGGGGAAGGAAUACUCAUCCAUCAGCUACCCUUCAAAACUGAGGUGCUGUUGGCCCAAACCACGCAGAUCAGCAAAUACUUCAGAACGACAGACUUUGCCAGUUUCAUUCGCCAGCUGAACCUGUACGGCUUCAGAAAAGUGCCCCCAGACCCCCCAGAGAAACUACAUGACAACUUUUCCAACUUGACCCAAACGCACCACUUCCAUAACCAGAACUUUAAACGGGAUAAGCCAGAACUUCUAUUGCACAUAAAGCGACUCACGGCUGCCAACAAGUCCAAGCUCGCUGCCGGAAAACAGCUGCCCUGCAAGUCAUCACACAGUUUCUAUAAUGCAAUGCCGAAUUUGCCACUGAAAAUCUCUGCUGUGACGAAGGAUUCAGCCUCGGUUGGACACCAGGGAACAUUUUACCACCUCUCCUGUAAUGACCUUAAGCAGGUAAAGGAGUGCGACAGUACGCCCAAAUCCCCCCAAAGGCCUGCAAUGAACUAUGGUGAUUCUUCUGCAGUUAAUUUAUAUUCGAACAAAGAUGCGCCAUGCUCUGUGUUCCACCACUUCCCGACGUACCUGUCGUAUACACAUCCCUCCAACCCUGUGCACAUGCAGCAUGGCAUCAUGUCUCAUUACGCACAGAAUAGGUUUUACAGUACAGUGUAUGAGCACUGUAGCCCAGACUUCUUGGAUUUGAAAUUGCCAUUCUCCCAACCAACUGUUCCCUACAUUCCACCUUUCAGCUACUACUCUGACUGCUCAGUCGGUAACAUUCAUUCCUCUGAUACUCUGAAAGCUGGUGGUGUUUCAGGUUCCUGGAACCAUCAUCUUGAAGUGAAUCUAAACCCUGUAUACAAAGUGGAAGAUAAAAUGCAGAAUGUUGGAAGUCUGGAGAUCAGAGAUGCUGCGGAGGCAAGAAGCGUCAAGGAAAGCAGCUUGAGGGACCUCAUUUAAUUUUAAGUGUAAUGAUUAUAAUAUUUUAUUGACAAUAAGCUAUGUGACUGAAGAUACUGCUAUUAUAAAAACUUAAAUGAUAAAAAAAGUAAUUUUUUCAGAUUUAUUCCUCAAAAAUAUAGUCUAGUUUAUUAAGUAGUGUUUGACAUGUACUUGUAAAUAGCACUGCUUAAAAGCUUAAAAAUAACUUUACAGCUUUUAAAAUGAAACAUGAGAAUUAUUUAUUAAUGUUUGAUUCAGUGUUGGACUAUUAUUUUUGAUGCAAACUUGUCUAAUCAAAUUUUAAAGUUGUAUAGAAAAAAUACA